AUGCAGCAGGAUGAAGGUGCUGGCUCAGAAGAUGAAAUGUCGGAGUCAAUCUCAGAGCUACCGUCUAUUUCUGAAAUUGCUCGGAAAAGGCCAUCAGCACUGGUCAGUCCAGUAAUUGUGUCCCUUGAUAUAAUCUUCGCAUUCUCAUUACUCAGUAAAAUUCAAGGCAAAAACAUGCCGUUUCUCCAAAAAAACUUGCACAGCAUUUUUCUACUCGUGAUUUAA